GCAAGUGGGCAGCCAUGGCGCUGCUCUUCUCGGCCAUCCGCGUGCUGCUGGGCCUCUUCUUCUCCGCCUGCGGGGCCGUCAAGCUGACCGAGCGCGUUUCGGGCGACCUCCACCUGCAGCUGAAAUCUCAGUUUGUGCAGUUUGCGGAUGUCUUCCCCCUGAAGGAAUUUGGCUACAAGCCGGAGCCGGCCCACUAUAUGGAAGUGGUGGGCUGGAUAGAAGUGGUGGCAGGUUUACUGUUGGCCUUUGGGCCCCAGCUGCUGCAGGAACUCAGUAAUUUUGUACUCACCAUUGUCAUGAUAGGUGCCAUCUACACGCUCUUGGUUUUGAAGGAACCCAUUGCCAUGUGUACUCCAGCCACCGUCUGCUUGGGUCUUCUGCUUCUCCUGAAUAUCCGGGGAAGAGGGAGAUGUGCCAAGUCAAAAUUUGAAUGAGGGCAGGGGGCGGAUGGGGCAGUAAAUCUGGAGGGGAGGGAGGGAUUGGAAAUAAUGUCCCGUCCCUUGAAAACUGCGAGCGCAUUGUCCUGAAGGCCACUGUGGGCUCAAGGUCACCAAAACAUCACCCACCAAAUCAGGGCCUUCCUCGGUUGCCCCUUCGGUUAGUGUUACUUCCUCUCUUUGGCCUGGAGGUGCCGUCUUCUUUGCUAAACCAGCCUGAGAUUUCCCUGAUCUGUGGGUUUUAUAGCUGGGAUUGAGGGAGCAGUGCGUUUCUGAUUAAUAGCGGAAAUUCAUUAUUAAUAUUACUGUCAUAAUCAUGAUGAUUCGGGCUCUUUGCUCAAGAUGUACCCCUGCGGAGCCUGGAGUGAGCCACCUCGAUGGAGGCUUCUGGCUGGCAUGGAAGAGCUCUGUGCCCAGAGUGCAGGAAUGUCCACACGUUUUUCUACCAACUAAGAGUGCGUGUACAGGAGUCAUGUUUAUGAUGGAGACUUGAAGCUACAGGCAACGUUUUAAGACAAAAGUUUUACCAAGGAAUCCUGGAAACUGUAGUGUGAGGUCUUGGGUUUUAAAUACAUGGUUUUCCCAAGAUGAAUAAUCUGGGACAUGCACUCCAGGGCCUGAUUUUGUGUGGCAGCUCAAGGAUGGAAGGAACUUGGCAACAUCUCUAGAUUUUGUGGGUCAAGACCUGCUCUUACAUCAGGGGUGCUCAACCUGCAGUUUUAAGUCUUUGUGCUGUCCUCCGCCUGAUUUCGAGAAUCCUGAGUAGAGGCUUCUGGCCAGAAGCGGGAGUAGGUUGGCAGCAAAAAAAGAGAAAAGGUGAUGGGAAGAGAAGAGAAGUGGUGAGCCACUCACCCUGGGCUUCAGCAACAGCUCCCGCCAAAAUGCAGCAAUUUGCAAACUGCCCUCAAGGAAGUGUCGCCCUCAGGAAGCAAACUUGGGUUGGAGGGGCUCUUUGCAAGGCGUUCCUCUCGGAAGCAGCCUCUUCGCUCGUGCCAGUGCAGGUGCAGCUCGUGAAUGCAUGUGCUUGCCAAUGUUUACCACGCAGUUGUAGGGAGGUGAAGCCUGCGACUAUCCUGGUGUAGCCAGGCUGGCUGGGGCUGAUGGGACCUGGUGUUCCAUAAUACCAGGGGGAGGGUCCCCCUGCAAUUUCUGCCCCCUUGUCUAGUAGCCAGCUGCGAGGGCAAAUGGCAGCAGAAUUUCCAAGGCCUCAUGUCCAAGCACAAAUGCUUGGGGGUAUCUCGUAAGUGCAUUUUAACAUUUAAGUAAAUAUUGUUCUGAAAAACUGAAGGUCUUCUGGGGCCUCUGGAAAAGAUUUGAGGGGCUGUGGAGCAUUUUGGGGUCCCCCUCUAAGUCCAUAGGGACUGGUAUGACCUCGGAGGACGAAAUCCAAGUGGGGAGGGCCAUGCAAAGCACAGCAGCGGCUGCCAGCAAGGAUGCCACUGAAGGGACGGGGAUCCAUAGCGCCCCCUCCUGGCACCGUCUUCCCAGUGCACACGCUCAAAAGCACUUCUGCGAAAAAGGGACAGAAAGCAAGGCCUAGGGGAGGAGAUGGCCCCUGCCAUUCCUCCCGUUCUGGCAGCCACCUGCUGGCUGAGCCUCGGACUUGUGGAGAGCAGAAUUCCUCCGCACCGGUGCAGUCCCAGGCAGAUGUACUCGGGAGUAGGUCCUGCUUUUAGACUCUGAAGCAGGCCUUCGAACACUGCAGCCGAACCGUUAGUCAUCCCUUCCCGCCUUCUCCAAAUUUUUGCCCUCUGCAACUUUUAAAGGAAGAUGUUUUAUUUGACCUGGUCUGCUCACUGUCAGGUUUGCGUCCACCUUGCUCUUCCUUUGUGCUCAUCUUGAAGGGCGUGGGCAGGGAGCAUCCGGCGAGUCAGAUCUGUAGGUGAUGGCAGUAGAUGGGCAAUGCUUUUUGACUCCCAGUGAUUUAGGGAACAAGCACACACACGCGCGCACACACACACGCACACACACGCACACACACGUCCACUACUGAAGGAGGCCUGUAGUAACUGAUGGAAUUUUUCUGGCAGGACUGAACUCAGAUUCCUGGGCUCAGGAUUCUGUGUGCAUCUUGCACAAGGUGGAUUUUGGGGUUCUAGUUGGAAACGAAAGUGCCGCUUGCACCCUGAGAGCUGCUUGUCCCUGGCCUGCUGGACGCUCCCGAGGAGGUGCACCUCUUGAAGCAAGAUAGACGACAUUCUGGCCUUCCAUUUCAGAAAAAAUGUGAUGGUCUCGGUAGGGGUGGGGAGAAAGUAUACGAAUAUAAGAAGAGUCAAUCCGGGCCAGCUCAAAGGCCAACGGGUGGCUGGUGGAGUGUACGCCAAUAGGGCACAGAUGCCAAAGUUACUGUACUCCGCAGAGCGGGCAGAGUCUGACAUGGUGUCUAUGAAGGGAAACGGGCAAGGCUGUCAGUUUUGUAAGCUAAGUUGGGUGGGGUUUGUCCGAUAGCAGCUCCUACCCAUCAACUGAGGGGUUGAAUACAGAGCUUCUUGCUUAAGAAUCUUCCUGGCACUCUGUGCAAUCUUUACGUGCUGCCCAAAGUCUGUCCUGUUUGGCCAAAGUCUGUUGAAACAGAUUUCACUGCCUGUUCAAUAUAUUAUCUCUGCUUUUGUAUCUCACUUGAUUGUUCUUUGAUUAGCUUGUACAUUUCUUAGGAUCUAACAUGCUGGUCCUUUUGAUUCCUCAUGGUGACAACUAUUGAUUGUUUGAACAGCUGUUUAAUUUGAAUGAUGUUGACACUCAUUGCCUUUGUUUUAAUGUACCUUGUGAUCGAUGCUUUUGUUGGCAGGGCUGGGGGUAAAUAAAGUAGCUGGUUGCCAGUAGGA